AUGUGGGAUCUAAAUGACUCACCACACCAAACACUAAGAGAAGAAGAAUCUGAAGAGUUAAGUUAUUCAUCACCGGGUAAACGGGUCGGAUCUUUCUCAAAUUCAAGUUCUUCUGCUGUAGUCAUAGAAGAUGGAUCCGAUGAUGAUGAACCAAACCGGGUUAGACCCAAUAACCCACUUAUCACACAUCAGUUCUUCCCGGAGAUGGAAUCUAACGGCGGAGGAGACGGUGGUGGUGGUGGUCUUGGGUCGGGUUUUCCUCGGGCUCACUGGUUUGGUGUAAAGUUUUGUCAGUCGGAUCUAGCUACUGGAUCAUCGCCGGGUAAAGCAGCCACCGUAACAACCGCCGUAGUGGAACCGGCGCAACCGUUGAAAAAAAGCCGGCGUGGACCAAGGUCAAGGAGUUCUCAGUAUAGAGGUGUUACGUUUUACCGGCGAACCGGAAGAUGGGAGGACUGUGGAAAACAAGUUUACUUGGGUGGAUUUGACACUGCUCAUGCAGCUGCUCGAGCAUAUGAUAGAGCUGCAAUUAAAUUCCGUGGAGUAGAAGCUGAUAUUAAUUUCAACAUCGAGGAUUAUGAUGAUGACUUGAAACAGAUGACGAAUUUAACGAAAGAAGAGUUCGUGCACGUACUUCGUCGACAAAGCACAGGCUUUCCUCGAGGAAGUUCAAAGUAUAGAGGUGUUACUUUGCAUAAGUGUGGUCGUUGGGAAGCUCGAAUGGGUCAAUUCUUAGGCAAAAAGUAUGUUUAUUUGGGUUUGUUCGACACCGAAGUUGAAGCUGCUAGGGCUUAUGAUAAAGCUGCAAUCAAAUGUAAUGGUAAAGACGCAGUGACUAACUUUGAUCCUAGUAUAUACGACGACGAACUCAAUGCAGAGUCAUCAGGGAAUCCAACUCAUCAUCAACAAGAUCAUAACCUCGAUUUGAGUUUGGGUAAUUCGGCUAAUUCGACCCAAAAGAGUCAAGAAAUGCGGCUCAAGAUGAACCAAGAUUCUCCACACUCUAAUGAGAUUCUCGGAUUAGGUCAAACCGGAAUGCUUAACCACAAUUCAAAUCACCAAUUUCAGGGCAGCAGCAACAUUGGCGGCGGAGGAGGGUUUUCGCUGUUUCCGGUGGCCGAGAACCACCGGUUUGAUGGUCGGACCACGACGAACCAAACAAAUGGUUUCCAACCUCCGAUCAUGAGACCUUCUUAA